AUGGGUGAUAUGGGUGUAGUUAGGGGAAAUAGUGUGGGCCUAUUAUUCUAUAAGGGAUGGCUCAGCAAAGCCAUUUUUGGUACUGUUUUUGCGUUGCUUACAGCGGAAAAGUUCUCCAGAUGGCAUUAUGGCAUCCCAGUUGAACACAACGCAAACUUAGUCAAUUGGCCCUGGUGGAACAAUGUAAUGGAACAGAGAAGGGAAAGGGCUAGAAACGCACCGCAGUACAUUAUUGACUCGCAGGAAAAGGGUUUCAAGGGAGCGCACUGA